GGAGGCCAUUUCGAACAUGUUCUUUAAAAGUUAGAUAAAAUAAAUGAUUUUCCACAUUUGUCGGUAAAUCGCCAUAAAGAGCGGCUAAACACAAUAGGUUCUGUACUUGUAGAUGGUAAGGAUUCUAUUGCGUUUCUUACGUUUAUCACAUCACAACAACGAAUGUGACAUGAUACACCAAUCGUAGCAAGCUUAAAUUUUCAGGGUUUAUUCUACAUGGAUUGAAAUAGUUUUUACAAUAAAAUGAAUAAUGAAAUACAACCCGCGCCCCCCUCUAAAUCCGCCACUGAUCAUUUUUUACUGUUUACGUUGAAAUAUAUUCGUAUGUGAAAUCAGUAUUUAGCUUUAGUGCAGUUGAGUGAGUGAGUUCUUGAGGUCUAGACUAUAAUGCAUCAUUAGUUAUUUACGUAUGUUCAUGCACUUUAUAUUCCAUGCACGCUGCUAUCGGGUUCAGCGUUCACUGGUUCACUCCCACAUUGGAAUUAAUCACAAUUAGAAGACAGUAACCAAACCAGCGUAAGAUGUGUCUGUUCGGGACUAUUUUGAAACAAUGGAACAGCUUGAAAUAUGCGACGGCUCAGUUAUCAUCAUAUCAAAGACAAUUUAAGGAAGUGUCUAUACCAGUUCCGUGGGGGCAUGUAUCAGGAAAAUGGUGGGAACCUUAUAAUAUCAGGCCGAUACUUAGCUUACAUGGAUUGCAAGAUAAUUGUGGCACUUUUGAUAGGUUGCUACCUAUGUUAGACAAAAACGUAGGAUUUUUGGCUAUUGACCAUCCUGGACAUGGUCUUUCUUCUAGACUGCCUUUUGGAAUUUACUACCACUUCAGCAGUUAUUUGAUCACUAUUAACUUCAUAAGAACUUUUAUGAACUGGGACAGUGUAUCAUUUUUAGGACAUUCACUAGGUGGAAUUUUGUCAUACACAUACAGCAUGCUGUAUCCAGAAAGAGUAGACUUUGCAAUUUGCUUAGACGGUGCAAAGCCUAUGGUCAGAACAAACAGCAUAAAACGUAUGGCUGAUGCCUUAGACAAGUUUCACAAAUAUAGUGCAUUUGCUGAUUCACUAGAGGAGCCACCCAGUUAUACUAUAGACGAAAUUAAAGAGAAAUUAGCAAAGCCCAACAAAAAUUCAGUCGAGUUGCAAUACACCCAUUUUUUGAUGGAAAGGAAUAUAGCACCUUCAAAGAAACAUCCUGGCAAAUACUACUUCACGAGGGACCCCCGUUUGAAACUUGGUGAACUACUAUCAUUCUCCCAAGAUGAGCUAAUAGAGCAUGCCCAAUAUAUGACUUCUCCAAUCUGCAUCAUCAAAGCCAAAGGAUCGUCAUACUACGAAAUCAAGGAGAAUUUUUACACUGUUCUGGACGUGUUGAAAAGGACGAGCAGGGAUUGCGACUUUCAGUAUGUGGAAGGAACGCAUCACGUUCAUUUGAACUACCCUGAAAGAGUGGCUGGGAUCGUCAAUAGUUUUAUAGAGAGGCAUAACGUGGCUGACAGAGCUUCAGGGGGUAUGGUAGAGAAAAUGGUUGUGCAAAAUUAAAUAUUUGAAGGAAAUGCGUACACUAAUUGAAGCAAAUGAAUAUAUAUUUUGUCGUACUUCAAAAAGAGGUACAACACAAUAUGUUCAUGAAUAACUUUUUCUUGAAGGUCCUCUGAUAUUUGUAUUAUCAAAAAUAUUGUAUUUAUCAGGCAUAACAGAUCGCUGAGUUCAUCCUAACUGUACUGCUGCCUUUGCGGUUUUUGUUUUGAAGUGGAGGAGUUAUGAUAAAAAAUGGAUAUCGAAAUUAGUUGACGUUGGUCUUGAUACCCCAUAAAAGCUGCAACGGGAAAGCUAGCCUAACAGGUGGCGCUAGUUAGGCUAGGGGCGAUAUCCGUCAUACCUACAGUAUAUUCACUGAAUCAAACCAGUUACGUCACAACGUCAAAUAAUGACAGUGACGCACAUGGUUGCCACAUUACUUAAAAGUACUAGAUCCUAGGAAAUAAACAAUAGCCUUUGUAAUUACCUCAUUUGCGACAGAAAACUGUUAUCAACAUAAAUGUACCCAGGAAAUUCAACCUAUACGUACCAAUUUAGGAUCUAUUUUGCAUUAAUUCAAAUUUACUAAAUAUGGCGUAACUGCUUUAUUUCAGUGAAAGGACUAUAAUGUCCAAUACCAAUUGCUGAUCAGCUCUUUACGUCAAUAUCUGAAAAAAUAUCUUACCUUUCUGUCAAAUUGUAUUUUUGCUAUCUUUGUUAGAAGGCUGUGACUUCCAACCACAGAAGCGCCGCCUAGCGUUGUGGGUAUUUCAAAUGCUAGUUGAUAUUGCUAACUAGUCAUUUUGAGGUAUUAACUAAAAUCCAGUGUUUUUUGAUUAAUUGAUUAAUAUGGGAAAGUUAAUGUUAGAACAGUAUUUUUUCUUUGUGUGUUAUUUUAUUGUUUUUUGGAAAUUGUGGUGCAAUGUUGUUGAGCAUGUUAGAAAAUGUCAUACCAAGCAAAAAAUGAUAUUUUUUUAUCAAAAUGUGUGUGACGUGUUUUAAUUUUGAAGAACUAAUCAUAUUUUUGAUACGCAAAAAACUUUUUGUACACGUGAAGUCGAGUAUCUUAACGAACAACAACACGAAAUCUCUAACAAUUUUGCUCAUUAUACGAGUAUCUUUGUGAUUGUACCUUCUAGUUUUGAGUGCUGAAAAAUGUCCAAACUGAUAACUUAUUUGUAAAUAUUGUUGACAAUAAAAUAUACGUUGAAUAGAUA